AUGUACAUAUUCAUAAGAGCUCUUGAACAAACAACUAUUGUUACCGAACCGUUUUCACCAGUAGAUGUCUCUGCGGGCUAUUCACUCGACGUUAGCAUGGCGAAACUUGGCUUUUGUAUAGCUACGAUCUCUUUGUUGCUCAUAGCAGUUGCAAUUCUGCAAUCGACUGAUCCCCAUGAAUCAUUCGAUGCAAAACAUGACAAUGACACUCGAUUCGUGCGAGAGAACAUUCAGCUGAUUUACAAUGGUACUUACCUGUUUGGGGACGAUGCCAAAUAUGCAACAAUCCAACCAGCCAUGGCCGACGCGUGGUUGAUAGCCAUAGACCGCGGUAUGGAACGAUAUAAUUAUGGAAGCUCACUCGACAACUUUUGCUGGAAUCGUACGGAACUACCAGGAAAUGUAACCUUCCCAUCGCUAUUUCGAUCCAGCCAGCUAUUCGUCAGUGUGCAGGUUCCUAUGCGUGUUGCUGUACUUCUAAGCCUUGUUCAUCGUUUGGUCCUUCUUCCGGCAACAAUCCAUCAAUGUUCUCUAAGCAUACCGUUGUUGCUCAUCAUAGUUCCUCUGGCGAUCUUCAUCGAGUUUCUACAUCUCACCGGCAUGUCCACAAUGUUCACUAUUCACAUGUGGCAGGACAAUCAAAAUUCAUAUCUUACUGGGAUUGCCCUCACUAUAGCUAUUGUUACAUUGGUUGUCAAGAUGGUCUUCUUGAGUGGAAUCAAGAGGUAUUCGGUGACUACGUUAUGCCGACUGGGAAUUGCUGUUGCGACGCUUUUCAUAGGUCGAUCAGUAUUGACUAACUGGCAGAAUUUUGUCGCUUAUCCAUUUUGCGAUCAAAUGGUUUCCCCCAUGGUAGCCAUGUCGGAAUGGCUUUUCGUGCUAAUGAUGAUAGCCAGCUAUGCACUAGAUUUGGUCGAUGGACGGUCGCUACGAUUUAUGAUUGAUGAGUUCGCCGAGGAAACACCUUUCUAUACCUUCUGA